AUGAGCCACGGCAGGUUAGAGACGCACCUGAACUAUAGAGCCCAUGUCGGACCUUCCAUGUCCACUGUAAAAUCGCCCACAAUGGGCUCGGCGCCCGCCGUUGAUAUGACGUCGGGAACGCGAUGCAUCCCGCAGCUACAGAGCUGUGAGACAAUCGCAGAAGCCAAAAAUUUGGAUUCGCCAUUGUUUUUAGAUGUUUCGCAGUGCGGAGUACCUCUCCCGCUACCUGAUUACACUCGCGUACACCUUAAGUUUCCUUCAACGCUUCUGCGGCGCCCCAAAUUCCAGUUUCCACAACUGGUUCGCACCUUAGACCAUAGCACCCAAGACCUUUUAGCAUCGGAAGUCGAUUUAUGCUCCACAUUUGUGUUUUACGAUGAAGGUAGCACUUUGCAAAACUGCUCUUCCACCACAUCCCAGAUUUUGGACAAAACCAUUACGCAUUUGUUAGAAGUCAAGAAUGGUAAUCCAAAAACCAGAUUUGUUUUUUUACAAGCAGGGAAAAGUAACUCGCCCACACCACAAUCACAGCAUUCCCAGCAGAUACCCUAUUCGCGCCCACCAGCAUUGAAAAAUUCGAAAUCAUCCCCUAACCUCAACAAAAGUACCUCGGUAAAUGGCCUUCGCAAGCAUAAUUUGAAUUUAAAGAUUACGAUCCCCAAUCGGAAUAGUCGUGUCGACAACUCAAAUUACAUGUUCGUGCAAUCUUUUAAAAAGGACACAAUACACUAUUCCCCCGACAGUCUACAAAAGUAUUUUACCUUUCACAUGCCUCCAAGUAUUCGGCCCGACGAUGACACUCUACCGAGAUGGUUGAAGAAUUAUUCGAAGGAUGGCAACGAAAAUCUGCAACAAAUUUUGAAGUCAUUUGAGUGCUUGGAACAGUUAGAGAUCAGACGGCUCGAAAGCUGUUUGCAAUCGUCAUCUAAACAAGGACCGCAGAAUGGUGGUGAAGAUCUGUCAAAUCGAUGCGUGAAAACGAUCUCAACAGGACGCCCAAGGUUACCGAAAUUGUAUUCGUUUCGAAAGAUGCAAAAGCAGUACAAACCAAAUAGACACGACUAUGAUUCCGAUAACGAUGAGUACAACCAACCAGAAGAGGGCAAACUGAAGAUGGAUAUUCACGAAGAACUGCAUGAUGGAGAAAAUCGAGAUAUCCGGUCUAAAUUGACAAAGAUCAACGGUAGUCAAGAACUGCUUGCGAGGGAUACAUCAUCAGAAAGAAUGAACAAAAGCCUCAAACAAGCAUCAGAAUCUCAAGACGAAGAUGAAGAAGAUGUUCUUGAAACACCUAUGGAUGACUACCUCAUGACUUGUGGCAUACAGUCGUUCACCAAGAAUAGGUACUCCAACAUUUUGCCCUACGAACACUCAAGAGUUAAGUUGGAGCCUUCGCCAAUAGGAACAGAAAAUAAGCAUGGAAUUCUUUCAACUUUUGCAACACCCGCCUCAAGUCCUCCUCUCUCAACCCAGGCACUGCGCAAAAGACGCAACUCAUAUUUCUCUCAAGAUGGUUCGAACCGGGAAAAAAGCUUGGAUGCUUUGAAUGAACCACGGGCCGAAACCGGGAGGUCUAACUUGCGGCUACCAGCAACUUCAUUCGACCACAGACAAAGUAUAACAACUCCCAACACUGCCAUCGAACAUGACCAAUUCAAUGAUUACUUCAAUGCCAAUUACCUGAAAAUACCUCAGAUCAAUCCUGAAUUCAGCUACAUUGCUACACAGGCCCCAUUACCGUCUACUCUUGACGACUUCUGGAAGGUGGUAAUCACAAAUGGCGUGAAAGUGAUUCUUUCGCUGAACUCUGAUGACGAACUAAGCAUGAGGAAAUGGGACAUUUAUUGGAAUUCUAGUACUCUUAAGAAAUUCGAUGUGGCUGUCGAGGAAACUUAUGAAAAUGUGGGUGGCGUUAAGGGCUGUAUCUUGAGAGUUUUCAAAGUAAAAAGGAACCGCAAUGAUGAAAUAACCCAGCAGUCAAAUGAUUGCAAUCCACAUAACGUGAAAAUCAUUGAAACUGAGGCUAAUGGUACAAUAGUCAAAAAAUCUAAAGCCCAAAUCGACAUUCCGGUAGACGGUAUCAAGAGUAAAUCACCCAGCGAUACACACACUGUCUGCCAGCUUCAAUACACGAAGUGGCUUGACUCUUGUGGGAUUGUGUUGGGAGAUGUUUUGAAGCUGCAUCGCAUAAAGAAUCUUCUAGUAAAAGAUAGUGAUGAUUUCAUUGAAAGUAUAAAGCGCGGUGAGACAUACGAAGAAAUAAUAAAGGUUGGCGAAUCUUCUGAUACAAACAAGUCCAGUGAAGGUUUAGUACGAUCAGGGAGUGGGUCGCCUUUAUUGGUUCACUGCUCUGCGGGUUGUGGACGUACUGGUGUCUUCAUAACCCUGGACUAUCUCCUAAAUGUUUUGGAACAUCCUACAGAUACCGGCAAUCGGAUUGAUGUGUGGAACAUACCAGAGGACCUCGUCUUCAUUAUUGUUAAUGAAUUAAGGAAACAAAGGAUAUCAAUGGUCCAGAACCUCACCCAAUACAUCACUUGUUAUGAGGCUAUAUUAAAGUAUUUUGAAUUAAGGAAAACUACGGGCAGUAACAACGAGGUAAUCUAG